CUCACCACGAAAAAGGGAGUGGCCACAAAAACUCUAUUAACGAGCAAAUCUCUCUUUUUAUAUAAGUGUGGACUUCGAAAAAAUAUUGAGUAUUUUUGUGCAUAGUUUGCAGGCAGUGAAUUCAGUUUUGAAGACGUUUAGUUGUAUACUACAAGGAUCAUAAAAGGAAAGUACAAACACUCAAAAGUGCUCAUGGCGUCUUCUGAUAAUGAAAAUUAUGCAACCAAAUUUGUGAAUGUCCUUGAUAUAAUACAAGACAAGCCAGCAGCAGCAACAGAAGAAGAAGAAGAAGAAGCAGCAGCGGCAGCAACAAAAGGAGGAGGAUAUAGCUUUGAAUUUGGUUCGUCGCUAUCCCGAAUUAGCUAUGUCAAAAUUAGACGAUGGUAAGUACGCCUUGCAAGCUAUGGCUUACAGUGCGUCAGCAUUCUCAAGUGGUAGUCGCCUGAAUCGUUGGCAACACUUAAUCUAUUCUUAUGUUCCUGUGAAGUUGGAAAACUAUGGAGAUCAAGACCACAAUAGAAGUGACAUGGAAAAUCCAGUUAACAACUCUCAAGUUAUUAUACAGAAAUGCAGCUGGGUUCAAAUUUUGGGGCCAAACUUCUCCAAUUCUGUUAGCCAAAAUUUGCAGGCCAUGCUUUGGAAAGUCCUUGAAUUAUUAGUGCCUCACAUAAAGCAUGUCCAAAAGCAAAAAUUGAUGCACCUUCAAGCAAUUCAACUAGUUAAAUGCUUGUGUGAGAAAAUUAGAUCUUCAAGUGACUCAAAUGCUUAUGAAUCACUUUGCAAGCAUGUAAUCCUUACAGCUGCAAGGUUAGGGAUUCAUGAGGUUGUUGAAGAGAUUAUUGAAUCAUUUCCUAGAGCAGUCUGGUCAAUGGACGCAGAUAAUCAUAACAUAUUUCAACUGGCUGUUAUGUAUCGUUGUGAAAAUAUUUUCAACCUCAUUUAUCAAAUGAGUGGGUAUAAACAAACUGUUAUGAUGUUAAUGGACGAUUCUAUGAACUCUAUACUGCACUUGGUUGGACGACUGGCACCUCUUGAUAAACUCAAUCUUGUUCCGGGUGCAGCUUUGCAAAUGCAACGUGAGUUACAAUGGUUUAAGGAAGUGGAGAAAUUUGUAAGACCAUGUUACAAAGAGAUGCCAAAUGCAAGUGGUGAAAUUCCUUCAAUGAUAUUUACUAGAGAACACAAAAAUUUAGUAAUAGAAGGAGAAAAAUGGAUGAAAGACACUGCGAAUUCCUGCACAAUAACAGCAGCACUCAUUGCCACUAUAGCAUUUGCAGCUGCAAUAACUGUUCCAGGUGGCGACAAUGGCACAAGUGGAAUUCCAAUUUUCUCCAAUAACAAAGCAUUUACUAUCUUUGCCACUUCGGAUGCAAUCUCUUUAUUUACAUCCACUGCUUCUCUAUUGAUGUUCUUGUCCAUCCUCACUUCACGUUAUGCAGAAGAUCUCAUCUCUUCAACAUUUGGCCGUGGCAUUUUUGGCAAGCAAAGUGAUCGGCCAUUUUAUUAGUUACCAUCACCAACAAGGUGAAGAAUUCCAAUCACGUAUCAUUUUUGGUUUCUUCAAUCAAGGCUCAUAGAUAUAUGAAAAUUCUCUGUUCUUGUCGUAUAUCAUUACUCUAUAGAAGUCAUUCUCUAGGGGGGACCCAAAUAUAAUCGUAUCUAUUAUAAGUGUGACUUGAAAUCUGUUGCUACCUUUUUAUCUUGAGAAUGUCCUAAACUGUUAGAUAACUAUAAUUAAAUCCAUGAAACUAUUUGUCAA